UAUUUUCUUAACUCAACUUGAAAGGAAAAGAGCAAAAUUCUCGUGAAGAUGAUUUUGUGAAAAAAAAAGAUCGAACACAUUUUUUUUAUAUCACAUCCCCGCAAAGUAAAUUCUUCUUAUUUCUACCACAAGUUUAAAAUAUCAUAGAAAUAGUGUAACGCUUAGGCUCAGAGUUUUCUACUUAGUGAUAUGCGUAAUUCAAUGGAUUCAGGGUUCAACGAAAUGAAAGAUGUGAAAGGACGUCGCGGCAUCAGGGACGGAAGUGAGGAAGUUGGCUUAAUUGAAGGUCCUAAUCGUUUAAAAUUAAAUAAAGCUGAGGAUCGGUCGAAUUCUGAGCCACCUAGAAGUUUCAGUUCAUAUCUUCCGGUAGCUGCCUCAUCAAAUCGACUAAAAACAAUCCGCGAAAGAAACACUGAAGAUGCUCAAGGAUCCAGUGAUGAGGACGGCGAGCUGUCUAAAUCUAAUAGCCAAUUAAAUGAAAGUGAUUUGGAUAUAGAGAUUCCAGACAGUGCAUCAGUGUCAGUUUCACAAACUCCAACACCAACACCGCUUCCACUUUCAUCCAGUCAUGCUCGUAGAAUAAACAGUGAAACAAAUUUAAAUGAUUCAAAGCGAAGACUCUCUGGCUUUAUGGGCAAUAAUAGCAAGCGGUUUUGUGCAUCAACAAGCGAACUUAGUUUCGCUACACAUCUCGACACACGUAAGUCGUUGUUUUCUCCGAAAAAUAACGCUUUGAGUCGUCAGUCGUUCAACUCAUCACUCUAUGGAAGUAACAUGUCACUUAAUAGUACCAACAGUCGUCUAUUUCUCGUAAAUUCGCCUUUUUAUAAUGGCAAGACGACGUUUGGCGGUGCCUCAGCAUAUCCCAAGCGCGAUAUCAAUCAACAUAAAAUCCUCAGAAAUCCUGUACAGAUGCGUCCAUCAUCAAGCUUAUCAAACUCGUCAAAUACAUCAGCAAAAUCCGAUAGCGUUUUGCCGGAAUCAAAUGCCGCCAAAAGAAUAUUGGAAAUCAUGAAUCAAUUCAGUGGACCAUUAAAAGAAGCUCGCAACAUGGGCAAUAGCAUCAACUCGAUAAUAAAAAUUCCAUCACUUAUACAAAAUCGAAAGCGAUUUUGCGAUGAUGAACUUAACUUAAAUCGUAGUAUAUCAUUAUCGAGUCCAGCGAAUCCUUACGGACGUCCAAUGAAAGACUCAAGUCGAAUGGAACAGCAAUCAUCACUUACGAUUAAUUCAUCGUCCAUUAAACCGCUCCAAAUACCGACAAUGUCGCAACUUUUACAAAUGAAAAGACUUCAAAAUAACACUGAACGAGUUCGUGAGAUUGCAAAUCGUUCUGAUAGUUUUCUUAAUCAAAAUCAUGAAUACAAGUUGCCAUCAACCGGCAAUGAGCCAAGAAAUGAAUUAAAAACUUCAAAGCCAACAUCAGCGUCGUCAUCUUCAUCGUCUCUUAAGAUGAAAAAUAACAUCACGAAAGGUCUUCUUAGACAUGACAAGAAUGCUAUCAAUGAUCAACUUCCAGCACUGCCUGUUAAUUUACCCAACGUUCAAUUGCCCGAAUUAAAGUCAAUUCCAAAGUUCAACAUUCAAAUGUCAUCAGCAGCCACAAAAACUUUAUGCAGUAGCAGUGAAACGAUAACAACAUCAAAGUUGACAACAAUCAACUCACCUAAGCCAGCAAUUCAAUUCAAUUACACCGCAAAAUCAUCACCAAUAGAAAAUUCGUCAAGAUUUGUAGCCAAGAAAAGUGAUUUUAUUUUAUCGAAACCAUUGUCUGCAAUUGAAGAUGAUGAAGCAAUCGAUGUUAGGAAUUUACAUCAUGUUGCUGAUAAAUUUGUUUUCAGCAAACCAACUCUCAUCGAUGUUUCAGAUAAAAUUGUUGCUCCAUCAUCAUCAUCGUUUUUCUCCACACCUGCCACUGAUAAUUUGUUUAAAAAUCUUGUUGCAGCUCAAAAAUCAUCAACAUGGGAAUGCGAUUCAUGUCUGACAAGAAAUGAUUCAGAAAAGACAAAAUGUUUAUGUUGUGACACAGCAAAGCCAGGAGAUAGCAAGACGAAAACAAUUCCGGCAUCACCACCACCAAAAGCUGACGAUUUAUUCAAAAAUCUUGCUGCACAACAAAAGAAAUCUCAAUGGGAAUGCGAUGCUUGUAUGACAAAGAACGAUGUUGGUAAAGACAAAUGUUUAUGUUGUGAAACGCCUAAAGCUGGAAGCAAUAAGAAAUCAACAACUGCAGCGACAACUUCUUCAAUUAAUUCAUCAUUUAAAUUUGGAAUGCCUUCAACAACAUCAACAACAGCUGAUGAUCUUUUUAAGAGUCUCGCAGCCAAACAAAAACAAUCACAGUGGGAAUGUGAUGCUUGCAUGACAAGAAAUGCUGCAGACAAAACUGAAUGUGCUUGUUGUUCAACUCCUAAAUCAGGAAGCAAACCAGCACCACCACCUUCAUCAACAAUUGAUUCAACAUCAAAGUUCACUUUCGGCAUAAAACCAUCAAAUGAUUCUGAAUUUAAGAAGAUUGUUGCAAAGCAGAGUUCAACAUGGGAAUGUUCAGCUUGCAUGACACGAAAUCAACCAUCAGAGAAGAAAUGCGUUUCUUGUGAACAAGAAAGAAUGGAAAAAAAUGUUUCAUCGUCAUCAUUUUGUUUUGGAAGUAAAAUGUCUUCAUCAGUAUCACUUCCAGCACCAUCUGAAGUGAAGUUUUCAUUUGGAAUGCCAGCAACUGUUCCACAAUCAGUUCCUGAAACGAAGAAAGAUGAAAUUAUUGUUGUGUCAACGAAAUCAGAUGAAGUUGAUAAGCCAAACCCAACACCGCCGAUGUUUUCAUUUGGAAAAAUUUCAGAACCGAUAAAGGAAACGUCAGUGCCUACUUUAAGUUUCACCGCGACACCGACAGCUGUUAGUAUUGUUCCUCAAACUCCCGUGUCUUCAGCUAAACAACAAGAGCAACCGGAAAAAGCAGAAGAAAAGAAAAAAGAAGAACCAGCGCCGGUCAAAACAACGCCGGUUGUUACAUUUGGUCAAAACGAAGACAAAACGACGACGGCAACGAAAACCACAGAAGCAAAUAAAGUCGAACUUGGUGGUUUUAAAUUCUCAACUGUGUCAACAUUACCAAAAUCCGAUCCACCACCGACAUUUGGAAGUUCAUUGAAUAAAAACGGUGGCUUUAGUUUUGGUGGAUUUUCAUCAUCGCCAAAGCCAACAAUUGCCACGACAACGGCAGUGUUUGGAUCGAGUACAGCACAAACGACACCGGCGUUUGGUGGGCAAGUGAACACUUCGGCAUCAGGUGGAUUCAGUUUCUCAGGAAUUAAGAAAGAUGAGACGACAUCUUCUUCAAAUCAACUUCAACAGCAGCCACAGCCUUCAUCGAUAUUCGCUUUUGGAUCAAAUCCAACAAUGCCGAAUAGUGCGCCGAUGCUUUUCGGUGCAAAUCAGGCGAUUGGGAAUGCAACGCCUGUGUUUGGUGCAAGUUCAACGCAAUCAUUUAGUGCAUCAUCGAAUAACAUCAAUAACAAUAAUGAAAGUGGAUUUGGGAGUAAAAUGCCUGCAUUUGGCAGUUCACCGAAUCAACCACAAAAGAGAACAUUUGAGAGUGCAAGUUCUGUGAACUCUACUCCCGCUGCUAAUGCUAUGUCGGAAGUUCCACAAGGGAAGAAAUUUAAUUUCGGUGCUCAUACUACUACGAACUCGAGUUCACCUUUUCAAUUCAAUGCUCAACAACAGACAAAUGACAACAAGCCAGCUUUCAACUUUUCUGCAAACUCAGCUCCAAGCUUCAAUUUUAGUAACUCAACUCUAAAUAACAACAAUAAUCCUCAAGAACAGCAAAGUCUUUUCCAAUUCGGUGCCAACAACAGUAAUUCUACUGCGAACAUUUUUGCGUUUACCCCAGCUUCAGCUCCAGUUAUGCAGUUUGGAACGGGAAUAACUCAACAAAUGCCCAUUCCAUUUUCAGCUCAAGGAACUGGCUCAGCUGCCGCUGCUAAUCAAAGGAAAAUCCUAAGAGCAUCAAGACGAACUACCACAAGGCGCUGAUCACCAUCAACUCGUGAUAUGCUCUAAAAAAGUUAUCAAAAAUGAGUCAUGAAUUAUAGAAGAAAAAAUUAAAAUUAUCGAGGAAUUCCUAACAAUUAAACGAAUGAAAAUCGUUGAUUGGUUGAAUAAGAAACAUAAAAAGAACGAAAAAAAAUUGUUAAAUUAAGAAAAAUUAUGGAAAAAGAAGAGAAAACGAUUCGAUCGAACGCGCGCGAAAACAAAAUUGGAAAAAUGUUGAAUAAUUUAUAUUUUAUAGUCGAAGUUGUUAGUGAUAACAAAAUAUCAAACCAUCGAUCGUCAGUGAUUUUUUGUCUUCUUUUUCCAAAGUUAUUUCGCUUUAAUUAUUGCAAUCUUAUGGAGAUAAAAAAUAACAAAGCGAAAAAAUACAUUUGAGGUUUUUCUUUUUUAAAAUUUAAAUCUAAAACAGAUAAAAAAGAAUUAACUUGUAAGAAAACAAAAAGUGCGACAUGAUAAAGAGUUCCAUCCGGGAGUGUUGCGUAAGCAGUUAACAGAAAGUGAUAAAACGUGUUGGACAAUCCUGGAUGAGAUUCUCGUGAGCCAAAAUAGAAUUUUCUUUUUUCUGUGUUUAAGGCAUUUUUUUAAAUAUUAAAACUGAAACAAUUUGUUGAUUAAAAUGUUUUUUCUUUCCUUUUUUUUUGUUAACAUGGAUGAAAAAUAAUUAAUUUAAUAUGAAAUUGGAAUGAAAAAGUGUUAAAGUGAAAAUUAAAAUGUUUCUAAGCUUAUUUUAUGGAUUGCAUUGCGA